AGAAAACCGUAUCUUGGCAAAACUUCCCAAGAUGGCAGCUUUCGUUGAGCUUCUUCAAACUUUCGGAAAAUUUUAGUUUGAUUUGAAAACUAAAUUUUUCGAAGAGGCUAACUUUUAAGUUCAGAUUCGUCGUUUCUGUAUUUCGAAAAGAUGGCUGAUGAUCCGGGUCACAAGGUGAUGCUGUACUUCCUGGAAACGCUGAUGUACAGCACGGUGCCCCUGACCAUCAGUCAACUCGCAGGGCGCUUUGGCAGCCGCAAUUUUACGCCAGAAAUGCGACAAGCUGCUGGGGGUAAUGAAUCUGGGCUGAAAAAGUUUCUGUUGAAGUAUCCAUCCCUGUUUACUGUCAACGGAAACCUUGUAAGCUUGAACGAUGGCACUGCCUCUCUUGGGGGUAAUUUUCGAGAAAGUAGUCCGGCAUCAUCUUCCGGCCAGAGUCUUCCUGACGUCUCAAUUGAAACCGAGGCUGUUCAGUACUUUCGAAGCAAGAUGAUGCGGAAAGGAGAGACCAUGAUGCCAGUCGCUAGUCUGGCUGGCCACCUUUCUCAAGCGUCUGUGGAAAUAAGAGAAUGUGUUGGGCCACAGAACAAGUUCACAGAAUGGAUACUGAAGCAUCCUCUCAUCUUUGAUGUGAAGGAUGAUAUUGUUAGUCUCAAGGACAAUGUUACAUACAGUGCUGUGAACCCUAAUGCUGAGCCUAUAGAAGAUCUGAAGUUGACAUCAUCAAUCGGAGCUCUUGAUCCUUUGGUUCUGCCUUCUCAACACACUCCCAGAUUGAAACGGCGACCAAAAUCAUUGGAUGUUGCAGAGAUGAAACCACCGACUGCUUCGCCCAAAACACCAACAACAGGGUCAAAACCUGGUCCUGUAACUAUGACAGCCAAUGAGUACAAAGCUGUUAUGUUUAUUAAAGGAAUAAUUGAGAAGAAAGGUGACAUGAAGAUCAACAGUCUUUCUGGUAACUUCAACCAAGCACCAGAAAGUCUACGCAAUACAAUUGGCUGGGGAAAGCAAGAACUGGAAAAGUUCAUCCGUACCCAUUCCAACAUCUUCACGAUUUCAGAGGAUGGAAUGGUUUCAGUCAUCAAGAAUACUCGACUAAAUGUAAUCAUCACGGGUAGCAGACCUCAAGUCCAAGCCAAACCUACAGUCACUAGUAGGAAAGGAAAGGUCUACCACGUUGCCAAACUUUGGGGUAUCAUUGACCUUGGCAAACAUGAACAUGUUUUUAUAGAUCGGACAAUAUUUGGCAAGCACAUUGAUGAUCUUAAUAAACUGCUGAGGAUUGGUGAAACCGUCUGCUUUGAUGCAAUACCUGCAUCCAAAGGAAGCAGAGCACGCUGGCGGGCUACGAAAGUGUGGAAGGAACAUGAAUCUAUAGAAGACCUUAUUGAAAAGGUUGCCGCCAAGCUUGACUUGCAGCUUGAUGGCACACCCAAAGAUGUAGUUACUCCAGUUAGCAAUAUUGAGGAAGAAAUGCGAAAGGCUAUUCCUGAUAUGAACGACAGUACUGAAGUCACAACACCAUUAACAAUAGGUGGAAUUAAAUAUGCAUUUUCUGAUGCAGCUCCUAGCGGUGCUGGAGUCAUACCUGUGUGGAAUUUCAAACCAAAUGAAGUUGAUGGGUUGAAAGGUGUUGAGGAAAUUUACUUCAGUGACGAGGAGGAAGAAAGCCCACAGUUGACAAUGGUUGCCGAGCGAUAUUACAUGAACAAGUCAGUGGUCAGUGACAGCCCCAGAGAAGUCCCUGAAAAGAAAGAAGAAAAAAUGACAAAUGGCACAGAAAAAGGGGAGAGUCCACGACACAAAACACAGGUGCCUGAGAAGAAAACAGCUGAAAUUGCAUGCCAGACAAUAGUCACUGGCGACAUUUUGGCAACUCAGCUGUACCAUGAAAAUAUUUGAACAUUUUUUUAGUUUCGACAAUCUUUCGUGAUAUUUUUUAAAGAAAUGUGUAAGAUUUCGCACACUUGUAAAAUCAAGGUGAAAUAUCAUGAUGCAGUGGCACUUUGUAACAUUCAAAUUUUGUGUGCAAUUUUUCACUGGAAUUUGUUUUUUGAUCUGUAGAUUUUUGCUUGAGUUGACAUUUUUUGACUGAAAUUGUUCAUCAGCUUGUGCCCCCUCCACUUUACAAGGAACUCCAUCACAGUGUAAGGGUCUUCCUUGCAAAGUAUUAUAAAAAUACAUUUAAAAAAUGCAAUGAUGCUUAUACUCUACUUUGUCCAAGUGUUGUUGCAAGGCAUGUUAAUUAAAGUGACAUUUUUUGAAGUGAUAUGAUAUGAUGCCCUUUAAUGAAAUAGUCUGAAUGAAUGGCGACAUUGACACUAUAUCAUAAGAUGGCUCUUAUUGUCACUAAAUUAUAUACACCUUGGACAUGUUCGAAGUAAUGAUUGGGACAUACAUGGAUAAUCGGAUAUUUGUACUGAAACAAAAUAUUAUCUCGAAUAAUGGUAGCUCAAGGAAGUACAAACUAUUGUAGUAUUUCUUUUGGAAUGUGUACUUUUAAAUCCAAAGGACCACGGUUCUGUUUGGUGAAUUCAAACCCAGGUUGAUUUUUUAAAUACCUUGAGUAUUUUUGCUGUAAAAUAUGAACUGUAAAAAGACUGACUAAACCUUUAUACAUAUUUGUGAUGAUUUGUAUCCACACUAAUGUAUUGUUAAGUAAUGUAAUCUAUAUUUGAAGGAAAGGUGUAUAUGCAUUAUUAGAAUUUUUAGAUUUAUGUCCAAUAAUCAUUACUUUUGUUUGUUUGUACUUGUAAACACAAAAUGAGUUUUCCCGAUAAAGGGAGGUCAUUAACCCAUUAUUGUACAAAAUGCAAAAGCAUGUAAAAUACAACCAUGUUAAAAAACAUGAAGUGAGAGUUAUUCUCAUCUGUUUAUCCAAGUAAACUAACUUAUUAUGACACAUCUUUAGACCAUGUUUAUGUUGACAAGUUACACCAAUUGAUCAGAUCUUAACAUUAUUUAUCAGGUUUAAAUCAGCAUGAUACAAAUUGCAAAAGCAACUCUUGUCUUUCUUUAUGGUGUAUGUCAUUAUAUUUUGGUUUGUAAUAAGAUGUCAGUAUCGAUUUGUUUUGUUACAGAAUCUUUUAUGAUUUGGAUUUGGAAGAGAGUUCUGUAAAUCAUGCCAACCUUAAACUAGGGGGUGCAAUAUUUAUGCCAGAAAAGCCCUAAUGAUUCAGUGAUUCAUAAUGAUUCAUAAUGAUUCAAAAUGUCUGCUUUGUUAAUGUUUUUUUUAUGUAUUUUAGACAUUUUAGACAUUUUAAACAGUGGGAAUCAUCUUUUUUCUAUAUUAUAUAGAUCUUCUUGUAAGUGUCACAAGAGUCAGUGGUAAAUGUCCAUCAGCUGACAUAAAUAUGCUGAUCAAGAUGGCUUUGAAAUCUAAAUUGCUCACACUUUCCAAAUAUAUUUCUUGAAGAAAGUGACUUAAGAAGUUAUAUCAUCGGAGGAAACAUGGAAAUAAGUGUUCGUCCAAAUGGCCAAAUAUUGCUCCCCUGAAAGAUUUCUAUACUCAUAAGUGCCAAAUAUUGUGAUCUGCAAGGCCAGUAUUUCUUUAUUGAUUGGAUUAUGGUUAGUAUCAUUAGUAUCACCACUCACAUAAACAAGUCCAUCAAAAUUGCAGGCAUUUGAACACAGUUUUUCACUUUAUUCCCCAUACUAUGAUUAACUUCAUCUGAUUAUUUGUACAUGAACAUUCUUAAACCUUUUGUUGGCAUAAUCCAAUUAAUGAAUAAUGUUGGCUCUGUUGUUUGUUUGACAGAUCAUGCAACCAAGGCUGUUAGCUAUGACUACUAUGCUUAAACCACAGCUGUUAUUUUUUUUACAAAACAUGGGAAUGUAUUUUGAUAGAUUAUUUAAUCAGGCUAUUUUCAUCACUCUGAAAAUGAAUCUUAAUUUAGAAGCUGAGUUGGAUUCAGUAUUUUGAAGUGACUUGGCCGGAUGUGCUGUAAAUAUGUAAAGUGUCUAAAAGGUGGGGUUAGUGGAGUGCACCCUGCACCCCUCUUGGAUCCACCAGUGUAGAAAGUAUCAACAUUUGGUACUAAAUGGUUAGUGAGUUGGACAGAUAUGUUGAUCAAGUGGGGAUAUGGCUAUGUUCACUUAAACCAUCCACAGGUCAAAAUACGUCUUCCUUGUUUGGGUAGUUUUGCAAGUGGAAACAGAUAUGAAAUACAUUUCCAUGUUGAAUAUAACAUGCAGUUUUGUUCAAGUUGUUUUCAUAUUGCUUUCCUAAAAACUGAUUUGCUAAUUUAUCAAAAAAAGGAAUACUUGUCAUGAAAGGAAAUGAAGUGCAACUUGAACAUUUUUAUUCAGUUUCCUCACAUUUCGACCACAUUUCGAUAAGGGUGCUUAGUUUUUUUUGUGAAGGAACUUUAUUAGUUUUGCUUGGGCUAUCUACCUCAUUAACUAUGUUUUGGACGUGUUUUGCUUUCAAUUUAUGCAUUACUUUUGCCAGUGAAUUUCAGGAGAGAUCUUGUUGUGAUCACAUCCAGCUCAUACACCGGUAAUGGCAUUUAGAUAGAGACUUCAGAUUUUUUAUGGAUGGCAGUCUUUAGAUUUCCAGGGAUUAUUCCAGGGUUUCAAAGUAAGUGCUCUUGGCAGGCAAUUUUGGAAAAAAAAGUUGCUCCAUGAAAUACUCGUCACCUGUAGAAAGCAAUAAGAUUAAUUUUUACUAUAUGACAUGAAUUGGGAAAUUGGAAUAUUUAUUGACAUUUGCCUCUGAGAAUGUCUAGAUAAACCCCUGAUUUCAGCUGGUUAUCAAUAGUGUUAAGGCCAUCCUCUAAAUAUGUUGGUUUGCUCAUAAGCAAUUUGCAGUGCAGGGUUUGUAGGUAAGCAUAGUGUGAAGCCCUUUGUUUUGUCCCCCAUACUAGAAACAGCCUACCGGUAUGUAAAAGACCAUGGUUGAUGUAGGCACUAUUUGGUAAGAUAGUUGGUUUGGCCAUCAGAAUACCAGAACAGGAAGAACAUGAGAUCAGAAGAAAAGUUACCUCUUACAACAGGUUGCGUAAAUGAACCCUAAUAAUUUUUCUUGGUCUUCCUAAGAGAUCAAUGGCUUUUGGACAAUAUGUUGUAAACUUCUAAAGUACAAGAUGCCAUUCAAGACAACAUUGGUAAUCAUGUUGUAUUUUCUUGAUAAAUAAUAUUUUUGUGAAAUAUGAAAUAUUUAAUUUGGUUCUAACAACAGAAAAUAUGGAGGAAAUUGUUUACUUUAACACUAUAAAUGUUUAUCAGAAUCAGCAUGAAAAUCUUCAUUUGUGCUCUACCAAUGCAAUCAGAUACAUGUAAAGUUGUGCAAUUUGGCCAGGUUGCUUUCAGUGCCACUUACAACUGACUGCUUGCAUUUUGUGCCUUCAUAUUCUGAAAUGGUUGAUGUUUUAGUCAAUCUCAUUAAAAUCAGAUCUCAGUUCUCACUUCCGCUUAUCAAACUUUUGUUUAUCAGUAGCGAGAACUAAGAUCUUGUUUUAAUGAAAUUGUGUUUUGAUUUGAUACCAUUAGAUUUUCAUAAACAGUGAAUUCUUGUAACAUUGGAUUUGUAAUGUCAUGUUGGUAAAGAGAAUUUUCUAGGAAAGAAAAAUGGCUUGUUAAAAAAUACAUCACAAAAUCCAUGUUGCUUUUUUAUAUUUCAGAAUGUCCAAAUUGGUUAUUGUUUCAUCUUGCAUCUGCUUCACAACAGUAUUGUCUGCAUGUGGGGAAUAUUAUUUUAAUAAAUAUACCAUAUUUUUGUACAAAUAUGUAACUAUGCUAAGCACAGGUAUAAUGCUGACAGUUACCCAAUAUGUUUGCUAACAGAAUGUUACCUUAGGCGUGUUAUAUGCAUAAUACUUUGUAAAGUGUUCAGGUAAUAUAUUGGUAUUGUACUGUGAAUUACUGGUCUUGUUGUGUUGAAUGCAUGGGAGAAAUAAUUUUUUUGGCUCAGUUGGUCCAUAGUUGGUUGAUGCCUGGAUGUAAAGAGAAUUAAAAGUUCCUGACUACACAGCUCUAAAACUUAGUGUCUUUCAGUCAGUGACUUUUCACAUGUAUAUUUAUCGGUCAACUUUAAGUUAAAAUGGAGUAUGUUAUGUACAUUGUCUUUGACAAGGUCAACACAAUUUUGGUGGUCCAAGCACUGAGUGAGGUGGUCAGAAUCACGUAAUUGUCAUGCCUUGAGGUGCAGUAACCAAAACAUGUCAGGAUAGAGUUCAAUUUUAACCUGUUUAGAAGAUUAACUAUUAUGGAUUUCCUUCCAUGGUUACCUUUUAACAUCCGAUGAUGAUGUAGUAGAUGUGGAAACACUUGUAAAAAAUUUUUUAUUAGAGAUAUGUUUUUCCACUUGCGGUUUAGUGCUAAUUUUAGAUAUAUGUCAUGAUAGUUUGUUUCGUAGCGUUUUCUGUGUUUAAGUUAUAAUGUCUCCACAGAUAUGGAACGAAUCCGUCUUUCGUAGUCUGAGUCAGGUUGCUGGUUGAUUAUAACUAAUCAAUGCUAUCUAAAUACAAGGUAAAACUGAAUAAUUGCUGGCUGAUUAUUUCACUUGUCUUCCACUUUUGAGAUAUAUUAUGCAAUAUUUGCCCAUAAUGUGUUUUCAAUUUUGGCAUUGUCUUUGAACAUUCAUCAGCAAAUGUUUACACUUGUUACAAAGUGUGUUUCAACACUUUGGAUACAAAUCUGAACAUGAUCUAUAGAAAGUUUGGAAUGUUUUCUCAAUGUCGUUUAAUGAUUAUAAUCCCUCAUGCAACAAAUACAAGCCUAUUGUAUCACUGGUCAUAGGUAUUUCUCAUGUCGAUGUAUUAUUUAUUUCUUGAUGUUCAUGUUUUGACAAAUGUACCUUUUUCUCAAAUUUGAGCAAAUAAUAAUACCUGAUUUAUGGAGUAUUUUCAAAGCUAUUACCUUUGCAGUAACACCCACUAUCUCAUAUAGGUCUAAUUUAUGUUCUGUUUCAUUGAAGCUUAUUUGAGAGUUUGUAUGGUGUUGUUCACCUCUGAAGAGCAUGGAAAUGAAACCAUUAACUUUCAUUCUUUGCUCUUAUUUGACAAAAAAAACACAUUUGACAUGUUUGUUUCUUGUGGAAUGAAAGUUGUGUAUACCUGUUUGCAGUAUUACAGGCUAGUGAUAAUGUAUGGAGCACACUUUGGACAAAAGAGGGACAAGGCAAUACUGGAGUUCUAGUGCAGACAGUCCUAAACAUUUUCUUUGCCAAGUUAGCUGAAACUCACUUCAAGUUCUCUCAAACAGUUUGGUAAAUGAAUUAUUGAAAAUAUCUGUCACUACAUGCAUUUAACAGAUUAACAGAAAUCAUUUCUUGUACAUAUGCAAUGGGAUAAAAUGUGUGACAAGAUUUGUUUAUUGGUUUUCCCUUUAUGAAGCAUGAUUGUUUACUGGAUUUCUUUCAGAACACUGUGCAUAAUCAGUCAGUUAGUCAUGAAAAAAUAUUUAAUACACUUACUUAAAAGCAAAUUGUGUGAGUGGCAGGGAAGGACAUGCUUACCUUUAACACAAACACCUAGUGUCAUCACUGAUUUUCAGUGAUCCAUCCAUAUGAUUUUCACCGCUAUUUUGCCUUUUACUCCCUAUGAAAUCUGUUUCACCAGAUAAUUGAGACUUUAUUCUCCGGUGUUGAGGUUGUAUUAACAAAGGGGGAUAAUCUUUGUUGUGAAUUAUUUCCCUUUUCUUCAAAACUGCUGAUGCAAGUUACACCCUUUGUUUUUAUGGCUGAUUUGAUUAAGCUAUUUCCAAAUGCAACACGAAAUUGAUAGAUGUUUUUCUUUUCUUGUUUUUAAUUCAACCAAUCAAGACAAUAUGCAUCUAGAAUUUGAAAAAAAAUAUUGUUUUUAGUUGAAUUGUAAAUAGUUCCAAAUUGUGUGUUAUGUGUUUAGAAUUGCAUGGCUGAGUGUGUCCCGAUGGGAAGUUGUGAUGUUUUAUUGAUAUUUGUUGCUGUUUUGUGUUUAAGAUUAAAGAGAAAUUUUACAAAUAAUAUCAGUACAGGUGAUGAAAUACAUCCUGAAUAUGUAAAUUAUACAUGUAAAUUAUAUUAUGUAUUACUUUCAGCAUGAUAGAUGAUGUUUGUAGCUAUUUAUUCAAGCUGAUAUUGCAUGAUGACCCUUGAAACAAUCUAUAACCAUGUAUGUUAACAGCAAUAUAAUUCAUGUCUAAUUUGUAAUGUGUAAUUUAUGAAAAUGUUUUUAUGAACAUAUUUAUGAUUAGAACAGGAUUCUGUUUCAGUUUCAAGAGAUCUUUGAUGGAAUCAUAUUUCUGUCACCAUAUGCAUUUAUAAAGUUUGUUAAAGAUGAGACCAAAAUGCCUAGAAAUAGCUUUGGAAGAACCAUGGGGUACAUGAUUAAACUUGAUUCAUGUCCCUCUUGUGUACCAUCAAAACACCAAACAUAUUAUCUUGUGGUUAUGAAUCUUCAUGUGUAUUGUUAAUAUGAUGUUCAAAUGCACAAAUAACUUUUAUGACAGUUUUAAAUAGUUGUAGCAAUCCCCCUCCUGUAUAAAAAGAGACGUCACUAUGUUUUAUUGUUUGAAUGAGUGGCCAAUAAGUGUAUACAAGUGAUACUUCGCAAACUUGGAAUAAAAUCUAUACCUAA